AUGGAAUCAUGGGCUCUGGAUGUCAUUGCAAGAAUCUUCUCCCUGCCGGUUCCUCCUAAUGUCAACAGAGACACACCAGAUCCGGAGAGCCUUCCAGUCAUCCCGGAUGAUGAUGCAGCAUGGGAGUUGACGAAAACACCAGAAGCCGUUGCCUUCAAUAAACAUCUGGCAGCAUACACUGAAGGUCACGAUUUGGCUCCUGCACAGAAGAUAGCGCCGAAUUUAAUCCUGAAAAACCUCAAUCCUUUUGAAAGUUAUAAUUGUAGCUUUGUCCGGGCUCACACCAACAUUCCAGUUCCACAGCCACGUUACACACAUCUCAAACAAUUUUUUGUAGCCGAUCUUAUUCCUGGACGCAUGCUUCUGGAGUGUUGGGACUCUUUGAGCAGCUUCUACCAGUUCCGUAUUGCCUGCACUCUUCGAGGAUAUGUAUCGCAAAUGCGACGUGUUACUAGCGAUAGACCAGGUGGCAUAAAACUCGGCCACGUACGUGGGGUUCUCUUUGACCCUAAUUUAUGGAAUGGCCCUUUUCGCGAUGUGGAAACGUUCCGAAACUGGAUAGUAAAUAUCACUUACCUUGACCGUGUUCACCGUGACCAAGGCUUCCGAAUGAAAAACCCUAAUAUGCCGCCCCCUCCCACCCCGCCACUUCCAGAGUUACUACCCGAUUCCGAAUGGAAUUUGGUCCUCACACACUGCGACCUCAGCCUUAGCAAUAUCAUCCUUUCAGAUGAUGGCGUGUUGUGGGUUAUUGACUGGGAAUGGGGCGGGUUUUAUCCACCUUGGAUAGAGUCGCGUGGCAUGAAGCGCUACACUUGGGCGCCUGCUUCAUGGAAACGAUGGUUCACGUUUAUCGCGGGCGCGUCUGAUAACACUGACCAUAUCUGGAGCCAUAUGGAUGAUAUAGCUUCAGCCUAUGCUACUUCUGUCCCUCGUGAGGAUUAUUGGCCCGAUCAAUUAUAA